AGUCAGUCGGCUGGGGCAGCCACCAGUCAGACCCGUCACAGCCCGGCCGCCAGUCACGCUGUGGGCCCGUGAGGGGCAGGUCACCCAAGGGCGAGCUCCACGCACCCUAAGUGGCGGCUCCCGCUGAAGUCCGGGACGGUCUUUGGAAAAGUGACAGCCAAGUGAGGAAGUAGUGACAGUGAUGUGAAAGUUAUACGGCAAGAAUACUUUCUCACACCCAAAUUUACGCUGCAUUAUCUUGCUUCAAAUCCCGGCAUAUCCAAUUUUCCUCCGCCCCCUUCUCUGCCAUUUGUAUCGGACACCGCUCUACAAAAAAACAUGAUUAUUCAUUUCUGUACCGCAUAGUGUUAACUUUCUGACCGGAUGUAAAAAAAUUAGUGGUUUACAAUCUUGCGAAAAAUAACGUCCCUCCAGCCCCGAGGAAAAGCUGCCGUGCCCCGCCACGAGCCUCCCUUGUCGCCGCUGCAUCCACGAAAACAGGACUUCGGCAUGCCAGGCCCCAGCGACCCAGCCAUUCUGCCCCGUAGUGACCUGACCCUCCACCACGCCCCGCCAGCCAAGCCCAGCCGCCCGCACACCGCCACGUGUCCGCUCCUGAAGGAGGAGCUUCAGAGCUUCGUCAACACUCUCGGGCGGUCAAAAGCACUACAUGAGGCCAAGGACAGCUCGCCCACUAUGUCCCAGAGACAACGCACCACGCCCAGGUCUCGGGACACCUGGCACGGCUGGUCCCCAAACUUUAGGUUCGGCUCAACCAGAUCCACAGACUCAAGCUUCAGUCACACCAGAGCCCCAAACACCAGGUUCAGCUCUACUCGAUCCCAGGACUCCAGAUUCAGGUCUCCCAGAUCUCAGGACUUCCGGUUCAGCUCUACCAGGUCUCACGAUGAACGGAACUACCCCAUCAGGUCCCCAGCAUCACGACAUUCCUCGGUCAGAUCAUGCUCCUCGCUGCGCUCCGUGGCGUCAAGAGCGUCAUCAACACUCCAUCGUUCGCUUCGCCGAACUGGACCCGUGUACCGGGUGGCCAGUUACCGUGCCAGGGCGGCCAGGGAGUGGGCCGGCGCUCUGACACAGCGGGUGACUGGCAGGGGCGGGACGCUACUUCUGACACCUGCCCGCGAUCGCCGUCAGCCCGUGGUGGUGGCAACAUGCGGCAGCCCAGCCCCCGGGCCAGCCAGGAAUAGCCCUCGGGUUCAGGCGACCCGCAGGGCGACGUCUGCGGCCCGCACCAUACACUGGGAGGUCGCCAGUGGGUUGGCGGCCUUGUUUGAGUGCGGAGCGACCGCUGGUAGUGCAGCGGCUUCGGGUGUCGGGCGGGCGUGCACCGCUGCCGCAGCCAUGGCCGAUGGCAGGCUGCAGCAGGUGCGCCGGUCCAUCAGCUCUUGGAGUCUGUCCACCGUCAAGAAGCCAAAGAUCACCAUCCCCAAACUCAAAGCUCCAAAACUCAAGGUGUUCCGCGGCGGCAAGAAAACAGGUGAGUAA